UUUUUUUACGGGAACAUAUAUAUUCACAAUAUAUAUUAUAGUUUAUAGUAUACUUGUGUUCUUACGUUUGUAUUGUAAUAGAAAAGUCAUUUACUAGCGGUAGUCUAAUCGAACAUACGGCAGAAACAUAUUUGCGUGCGAAAACCAACGUUUGCUAUGUCGGACUUUUCAAGUACAAGAAAAGGUACCUAUAAAUUAUCUGCUCUCCAAGCGAUUGAGGAAGAUGUACAAAAGAAAUGGGACGAACUGAAGAUCUUUGAAGAAGAUGCUCCUCUGAAGGGAACUCCUGGAUGGGAGCAGGAGAAGUAUUUUGUAACUUUUCCAUACCCAUACAUGAAUGGGCGGCUACAUCUUGGGCAUACAUACUCACUCUCCAAGUGUGAGUUUGCUGUUGGUUUCCAGAGGCUAAUGGGAAAGAAAUGCCUUUACCCAUUUGGGCUUCAUUGCACAGGAAUGCCUAUAAAGGCAUGUGCUGAUAAAUUAAAGAGAGAAAUGGAAGACUUUGGAUUUCCUCCAAACUUCCCAGAAACUGAGAAAGUUGUAGUAGAAGAGAAAAACACAAAGGAUCCAAUUAUUGUGGACAAGUCUAAAAGUAAAAAGAGCAAAGCUGCAGCAAAAACCGGAACAGCGCAAUACCAGUGGCAAAUAAUGAGAUCUCUUGGCUUGGAAAAUGAUGAAAUAAAGUUGUUUGCGGAUGCUGAGCAUUGGCUCAAGUACUUUCCUGCAUUUGCCAAAAAAGAUUUGAAGAGAAUGGGCCUGAAGGUUGAUUGGAGACGUACAUUCUACACAACCGAUGCAAACCCAUAUUAUGACUCAUUCGUGAGGUGGCAUUUCCUUACAUUGAAAGACAAGGGUAAAGUCAAAUAUGGGAAAAGAUACACCAUCUUUUCUCCAAAGGACAACCAACCUUGCAUGGACCAUGAUAGACAGUCGGGUGAAGGUGUUGGUGGGCAGGAAUACACUCUAAUUAAGAUGAAGCUUCUAGAACCUUAUCCAGCCAAGCUUAGCUCCCUUGCUGGAAAGAAGAUAUUCCUUGUUGCUGCCACUCUAAGACCUGAAACUAUGUUUGGACAAACCAACUGCUGGGUUCAUCCUGACAUCAAAUACAUUGCGUAUCAGAUGAAAAAUGGUGAAAUCUUCAUUAGCACACAUCGUGCUGCAAGAAACAUGGCCUACCAAGAGAUGACAGCAACACAAGGUGAAAUAGACAUUGUUGCUGAACUUAAAGGGCAAGAUAUCAUGGGCCUUCCUCUCAGUGCACCACUGACUUGCUAUCAGGUGAUCUACACAUUACCUAUGCUUACAAUUAAAGAAGACAAAGGAACUGGUGUCGUAACAAGUGUUCCAUCUGAUUCACCUGAUGAUUAUGCUGCUCUAUGUGAUCUAAAACGAAAACCUCUGUUUCGUAGCAAGUACAAUGUACAAGAUAAAAUGGUUCUUCCAUUUGAGCCUGUGCCAAUUAUUGAAAUACCAGAUUUUGGGAACUUGUCUGCAGUUGCUGCUUAUGAUAAACUGAAAAUUCAAAGUCAGAAUGACAAGGAUAAACUUGCAGAAGCAAAGGAAAUGGUUUAUCUGAAAGGAUUUUAUGAGGGAAAAAUGCUGGUAAAAGGUUAUGAAGGUCAGCGAGUACAAGAUGUAAAGAAACCAAUCCAACAACAGAUGGUUGUUAAUGGUGGGGCUGUUCUGUACAUGGAACCUGAACGUAAAGUCAUGUCACGGUCCGCUGAUGAGUGCUUGUUGGCUCUCUGCAAUCAAUGGUACCUCGAUUAUGGUGAGGAGGAAUGGAAGGAAAAAACGAAACAAGCUCUUCAACAGUUGAACACGUAUUGUGAUGAAACGAGGAGAAAUUUUGAAGCUACACUAGAUUGGCUGAAAGAACAUGCUUGCUCGAGGACAUACGGGCUUGGAACCCGCCUGCCUUGGGACCAACAAUGGCUGAUUGAAUCACUUUCUGACUCCACUAUAUACAUGGCGUAUUACACAGUAGCUCAUCUCCUGCAGGAUGGUGUGUUUGAUGGCAGUGCUGGGAAUAAACUUGGUAUUAAAGCUGACCAGAUGACAAGGGAAGUUUGGAAUUUCAUUUAUUUUCAUGAUGCCCCAUUCCCUGACACUCAAAUACCAAAACAGACUUUGGAAAAACUUCGAAAUGAGUUCAUGUAUUGGUAUCCAGUUGAUCUCCGUGUGUCAGGCAAGGACCUUGUACCAAACCAUCUCACAUACUUCUUGUACAACCAUUGUGCUGUGUGGCCGGAUAAGGAGAUGUGGCCGAGGGGGGUUCGUGCAAACGGACAUCUGCUGCUUAACUCAGAGAAAAUGUCAAAAUCAACCGGCAACUUUCUGACGCUUUCAAAUGCUUUGGACAGAUUUUCAGCAGAUGGGAUGCGUCUUGCACUAGCAGAUGCAGGGGACACUGUUGAAGACGCAAACUUUGUAGAAAAGAUGGCUGACGCUGGUAUCUUGCGACUUUAUACAUGGGUAGAGUGGGUGAAAGAAAUACUUAACAAUGAUAUACCACUUCGAGAAGGUCCACCAUCAACAUUUAACGACAAAGUUUUCAUGAGUGAAAUGAACAUUGCAAUUAAGAUAACUCAGGUCAACUACAAUGACAUGAUGUUUAAAGAAGCGCUCAAAACAGGGUUUUUUGAGUUUCAGCUUGCACGUGAUAAAUACCGUGAGUUGAGCAUGGAUGGGAUGAAUCGUGAACUUAUCAUGAAAUAUAUUGAAGUACAGACGCUGCUACUUGCACCAAUAUGUCCUCAUAUAUGCGAAUAUGUGUGGGGUCUUAUUGGGAAGGGGAACUCCAUUAUGUAUGCCAAGUGGCCAGUUGGUGGUGAAGUGGAUGACACGUUGGUCAAAUCAUCAGAGUUUUUGAUGGAUACGGUGCACGACCUUCGUUUGCGACUAAAGAACCGCUUGCUGCAAGCUAAAUCUAAAUCCAAGAAAGUUUCCAUUGAACCCCCCACACAUUGCAUUGUGUACGUGGCAAAGAAUUAUCCCGAGUGGCAGAAACUUACUCUGCAGGUUCUAAGGCAACAAUAUGAUGCAAACGGCGAAAGUUUCCCCGAAAAUAAAAUAAUAAUCCAGGAACUCAAGAAGCAUCAAGAACUGAAGAAAUAUAUGAAGAAGCUCAUGCCUUUCGUAGCAUCAGUAAAAGAGCUGGUGAACCGAAAUGGUGUGGAACAAGCAUUGGCCCUCACUUCUGCUUUUGAUGAGCUGACAGUUCUAUCCAACAACAUUGUCUACCUGGCUGAUACUUUGGAGCUUGAUGGAGUUGAGGUAAAAUUUUCAAACGAAGGAAAUACAAAAGUUCAAGAAGAUUGUUGUCCAGGUCAUCCUCUGUGUGAAUUUAUCACUCUUGCUUCAUUGGACCUUUCCGUGUUGAACCCCCAGCCAUGCAGUGGAUUCUUUAGUGUCCAUGUACCUGUACGCAACAACGACAGCGUUGCUAACAUUGUAUCAAGAAUUAGGAAAUUCAAUCGUCAUAUCAAAGAUUCCCACCGCGUCCAGUUGUACAGGUUCGAAGAUCCUGUCUCUGGUCCACGAAUAAUCCCCGAUCUUAACAAUACCUUGACGGGAAAACUGCUCAUCGAUGAUUCAGCCGUGUUUGCCACUGAUUUAGAAAAUAAGACGAUCAGUGUGAAAUAUCCGGGUGGUGGUGUUUUUCCCACUAACGGCGCUAUCGUAUUUAUGGUCCAAUGAUUUGUUUAUAGAAGUUUUUUUUCCGAUUUUGGUAGUUUGGUGGUCUGAGAAUGUUAUAUAGGUGAAUUAUAGACCACGAUGCGUGAGUAUUAUGAAUAGAAUAAAGUGCAGUUAAGAAUCUGGCAUGUUGUAUAACAAUCUGUUCUGAUCUCUGAAACAAGAGAUUAGGAUUUGGUUUAAUAGUGUUUAAUUAAUUGAUGUGUUUCUCACUACGCUUAUACAUCUUGGUUUAAUGAAGAAUUAAUGCCGGAUUUAACUUGUGCCCAUGAACGUUUUGUGUAAGAAUAGACACUGCGGAAAUAGA